AUGGCACCUAGACUUCCUCCGCCACCUCAACCCAACGAACCGGAUACGUCCAAUAGCGCUAGGUUGUUGGAGACGGUGAUUGACAGACUUCAACAGCAGAAUACCACCCUUAUGGAGCAGAACGCUACACUGAUGCAGCAAAAUCAGGCAGCUAUGCAGAGUCUGGAAGCCUCUCGAUCCAACUCUGAGGCGACGCAGCGGCAGUUAAUGGAAAUAUUGGCUGCAACCAGGGGCGCGGCAGGAGCGUCCUCUUCUAACGCUGCCCCGCCUACUGCUGAGUGGAGUUUAGAAAGUUUUCUCCAACACCAUCCGGCCAAGUUCAGUGGGAAAGGUCUUCCGGAUGAAGCGGAUCAGUGGCUCAGGGAUAUGGAACGGAUUUAUAAUGCUAAGAGGUGUCCGGAUGACAACCGCUUAGCAUUUACUGAAUACUUGCUGACUGGUGAAGCAAGUCACUGGUGGACGAGCAUGAAGGCGAUCUUGACGGACGCUCAUAGUCCCGUGAAUUGGGCAGUUUUCAGGACGAAAUUUUACGAAGAGUAUUUCCCGGACAGCGUACGUUAUGCUAAAGAAGUGGAGUUUCUACAAUUGGUACAAGGAGGAAUGUCGGUAUCGGAAUAUACUAAUAGAUUCAAGCAUUUGGUCCGUUUUAACACCAUGGCUACGAGCGAAGAAUGGCAAUGCAGGAAGUUUGAAAACGGGCUGAGGAGCGACUUGAAGGUAUUGAUAUCCAGCUUGUGCAUUAGAUCAUUCCCUGCUAUGGUUGAGAGGGCUAAGGUGUUAGAGAAGAACGUGGCUGAGGCCGAGCAACAGAAGAAGCAACAGUUGAGCAGGGGGCCGGUGUUAUCAAGGAAUAACUCUACUGUGAGACGACCCCCGUACGUUCGUCCAGGUCAAUCUUCUGGUGGAUCCCAAGCCUUGGCUACUGUCGGCCAAUCUGGACAGCCAAGGAGUUUGACAUGCUUCCAGUGUGGAGGACCGCACUUUAGGUGGGCUUGUCCUCAACUGAGUGGUGGAAAAUACUGCACUAAGUGCAGAAGGAGCGGACACACGGAUCAGGAGUGUAAUAUGGGAGGUCGUGCGGUAGCAAGACCGCUGAACGCUGGAAGAACACAGCAAGGUAGGGGAGGACGUGCGCAGGCAGUCGGACGAGUGUAUGCUAUCACGGGUGCUGAAGCUGCUAGUUCAGGUACACUCAUCAUCGGUAAUUGUUUGCUGUUUGGAAAACCUUGCUGCGUGUUAUAUGAUUCGGGGGCAACACAUUCCUUCAUCUCGAAGGCAUGCGUUGAGAGGCUGGGGUUAGUGGAGAGUGAAUUACAGUUCGACUUGGUGGUGUCAACCCCAGCGGCUGGUGGGAUUAGAACAUCUACUGGUUUCUUUAGAUGUACUAUAGAAGUUGAGGGGCGUAGAUUCAAAGUCAAUCUCAUCUGCUUGCCUCUCCAAGGUUUAGAGGUAAUUUUGGGGAUGGAUUGGUUGGCCACCAAUCGCAUUCUCAUAGACUUUGGUAAGAAAGAAUUAGUCUUUCCAGAUGAAGGAGAAGAGGAGUUAUCAGUGACGCUCGGUCAGCUGAAGGAGGAUAUAGUAGAGGGCGCCUACUGUUUCCUGAUAAUGACACACUCAGAUGAGGAAAUGGAAGGAGUGAAAUGGGGACGAUCGUCCCAGGAUGAGCCGAAUGGAGGACGAUCGGUCAUAGAGGAGUUUCCUGAAGUCUUUCCAGACGAGAUACCUGGACUACCUCCUGUUCGUGAGGUUGAAUUUACGAUCGACCUGGUGACGACGGCAGCGCCAAUAUCGGUUCAACCAUAUAGAAUGUCGCCUGCUGAGUUGGUUGAGCUCAAGAAGCAGAUAGAAGAAUUAAUGGACAAGCAGUUCAUCAGGCCGAGCGUAUCGCCUUGGGGAGCGCCUGUGUUGUUAGUGAAGAAGAAGGAUGGCAGCUCCAGGCUUUGCAUUGACUACCGACAACUUAAUAAGCUUACUAUCAAGAACAAGUAUCCACUCCCUCGUAUUGACGAUCUACUGGAUCAGUUGCAGGGAGCGAGCGUAUUCUCAAAGAUUGAUUUACGUUUGGGCUAUCAUCAAAUUCGGGUGAAGGAAGGUGACAUUCAGAAGACAGCCUUUAGGUCUCGUUACGGGCAUUAUGAGUAUGUGGUAAUGCCGUUCGGAGUAACGAACGCGCCAGCGAUUUUCAUGGAUUACAUGAAUCGGAUAUUCCGACCCUACCUGGACAAGUUCGUAGUGGUCUUCAUUGAUGACAUCCUGAUUUACUCCAAGAGCCAUGAAGAGCAUGAGGAACAUUUGCGGGUCGUACUUGGAGUGUUGAAGGAGAAGGAAUUGUACGCCAAGUUGUCGAAGUGUGAAUUUUGGAUGAAGAGCGUGCAGUUCUUGGGGCAUGUUGUGUCAGCCGAAGGAAUUUCUGUGGACCCGGCAAAGGUACGAGCGGUUUUGGAGUGGGCGAGUCCGCGUUCGGUUACAGAAGUACGUAGCUUCGUUGGUCUUGCAGGCUACUAUAGGCGUUUUAUUGAAGGUUUUUCUAAGAUAGUAGCACCACUAACACAGCUCACGCGCAAGGAUCACCCGUUCGCUUGGACCGAUCGGUGUGAAGAGAGUUUUCAGGAGCUUAAGCGGAAGUUGACGAGCGCUCCGGUUUUAGUGAUUCCGGACACUGCCAAACCAUUCGAAGUCUACCGCGAUGCCUCUCAUCAAGGUUUGGGCUGUGUACUGAUGCAAGAGAGACGAGCAGUGGCGUACGCCUCUCGACAACUAAAAAUUCACGAGAGGAACUAUCCGACACACGACCUAGAGCUGGCAGCGGUCGUUUUUGCUUUGAAAAUUUGGAGACAUCAUCUGUACGGAGCAACCUUUCUGGCUAACGUAGUGGCGGACGUGCUAAGCAGGAAGUCGGUUCAUGUUUCAGCUAUGAUGGUGAAAGAACUCAAUCUGGUGGAAAGCUUUAGAGACCUAAGGUUGCAGUUCGAGUUGGAGACGAACAGUAUUAAAUGCUGCACCUUGAGGAUAGCAAGUGAUGUGUUUGAUCGAAUUAGAAUGAAGCAACGUGAGGAUGAAGAGCUGGUGAAGAUACUAAACGCGCUCGGUACGGAUCAAGCUAAGGAGUUCAAUACGUGA